AUGACGGGGCAACCGCUUCCCUUGGCCGCGGUUUAUAAGGACCGUACCCGCGUCGGUACCCUUGAGCAUCAGCCGGAGGCCUCCACCUCCGGUGGUGGUGAGGGCGUUGCCGGUCCCUCUCGGCCGAGGGUGACCAUCAUCCACCGGGAGCGGUGUAGGAUACCGGUGGGUGUACCCAAGAGGACUCUGUUCGGGGUCGACUACUUGGAGCCCAACAAGGUUACCGAACGGGAGCUGGAGAGGAUUAGGGUCGAGUACCUUAUUCCGAACUCGGUGAAGAUGAGAAUUCCGGGCCCUACCGAGUCCCUCAGCGACUCAGGGGAUGGUGAAGUCACCUUCUUCACCGACGUGCUUCUGCAAGGGGUUAGGUUGCCGUUGCAGCCUGCCGUGCAGAAGAUCCUUGCCCAGAUCGGGUACGCUCCUGGCCAGUACAAUCCCAACUUUUGGGUGGCCUUGAUGGGGGUGAUAGCUGCGUUCGGGAUUGCCGGGGAGGGGGAGCCUUCCUACGAGCAGUUCUCGUACCAGUACAGCAUCACCAAGUCCAAGAGCGCCGAUCACGGUGGCUGGGUUCAGGCGAAGAGAGAAAUGGAGCUUCAACAUUUCAGUCACAAGCAUCCCUUGACGUACAAGGAAGAGCAGAAGAAAGAAGAUGGUCGACUAGUUUUUUGCAAUGCAUGCGGGGAUCCUGUGCUUGGCCCUAGCUACACUUGCAACAAGUAUCCUCCUGGCUUCACUCUCCAUAAAUCAUGUGCCGAGCUACCCCGUGAGAUCGAACACCCUUUGCACCGCAAACACCCACUUGUUCUCCUCACACCUACAAAAUACACUUGUGCUGCCUGUGACCAACGUUACAAAGCCAGCUUGGCUUAUAAUUGUUCCUUAUGCCACUUCAACCUUGACCUCAAAUGUGCUUCCAAUUGGCAAAAUAUUAUUGAAAAUGAUCGUCACGAGCACACAUUCACCAUCUUUCGGAAGCGAAUAAAAUUCAAUUGUGAUGCUUGUGGAUCAUAUGGGAAUGGUAUCCCUUACUUUUGCAGCAUCUGCCAGCUCCUAGUCCACAAGAGAUGCACUCCUUCGUUACCACGCGACAUCAAAAUAACCGGGCACCAACACUCUCUCAUGCUCACAUGGUCCCUUGAAGAAAUUCGCCGAAGCAACCCAUUUUGCAAAGUAUGCUAUACGAGCAUGAAAAAGCAUCGUGCCAUUUAUUCUUGUCAAUGCUGCGGUUAUGUUGCCCGCACUAAAUGUGCAACACAUGAGAGCUUCCGUGAUGUUACAACCACCGACAUUGUUGAGGAUCAGUCGAAAAAUAUGAUACUUGGAGCGUCCCAGCAGAUCAACAUGGUGGAGUACCAAAGAGAAUUAGCUGAACAUCAAAUCAAACACUUUAGUCAUCAACAUCUCUUAGCCCUGAAUGAUGAGGUUAAAGAUGAAGACAAUAAAUCCCGUACUUGCGAUGGUUGCAUCGGGCCCAUCACUAACGCAUAUUAUAGUUGUACAGAAAAUGAACGUUGCCAUUUCUUCCUCCACAAAACAUGUGCUCAAUUACCUACAAAGCUGCUUCACCCACUUCACCCACUUCCUCUUACACUGCUCCCAUGGGCUCCUUCUACUGACCGUGUGUUCUGGUGUCACUUGUGCAGGAACCUUUGCCAAGGCUUUGCAUACUACUGUAGCAAAUUCGACUUAUACUUUGAACUUGAGUGCAUUUCGCUUUCAGAGUCCCUUACACAUGAGUUUUAUGAAGAUCGCCUCUUUUUCAACAGAAGCUGGGAGAAGCACUACAACUAUUGCCAUGGUUGUGAUACAUCUAUUGGAGAAACUUUUGCUCGCUUCAGUUCUCUGACAAAUAAUGGCUAUCAUGAUAUCUUCAAUUUUUGUAUUCAAUGUGUUAAGGUACCUUUGACUGCUAAGCACAGAUACGACGAUCAUCCUCUCAAACUCAUCUUUAAAAGAGAUGGUUAUUGUGAAAUAUGUGAAGGAAAACAAUAUAAACAAGAAUGGUUGUACUCAUGCGAGGAUUGUGACUUUGAUUGCCAUACUUAUUGCAUUCUGGGAAGGUAUCCCAAAGUCAAGUUAGGGAGUACUUUCAAGAUUAGUGCUCACCCACACCUAGUCACCCUCAUCGAUAAGAGAAAGAGCGUCAUUCCUUUCGAUAAGAGAAGUAGCAUUCUUCCUUGUCAAUUGUGCGGUGGACCUUGCGAAGGAUUGGUCUUUGAAUGCUCUAAGUGUCAUGUAAAUAUCCAUCGAUCAGAAUUAUAUUGUAUAGGGAGAGAAAAUGAGCUUAACAAAUUGCAGCGUCCCUGCAUAUUCACGGAACUGCAACCUAAUCAGUAUGGUCGACUGGUUUUUUGCAAUAUGUGCGGUGACGUUGGCCCUGGCUAUAAUGGAAACAAAGAUCCUUCCAACCUC